AUGAACUCUUCAGAUUCGGAGGAAAUGCUAAUGUUCUCCUCGCAUUCGAGUGACAAAGAGGAGCUGCUUUUGCUUCUAGCCAUCGAGGAGGAACAAGCAGCAGCGGCGGGUCGGAGCCGGCAGUGUGGGUCCGUGCUGGGCCAUACGGUCAUAGACCAUCGCCACCGCGAAGGUGCUGCUAGGCUCUACAACGACUACUUCACCGACAACCCUGUGUACGUUGAUGUCCUGUUCCGGCGGAGGUUUCGUAUGACGCGUCGUUUGUUCAUGAGAAUUGCGGCCGCUGUGGAGCAGCAUGACGCAUGGUUCCGGCAGAGCAGGGAUGCAACCGGGAAGCUCGGCCUUGGCCCUUUGCAAAAAAUGACUGCGGCGAUCCGUCAACUAGCAUACGGAGUCAGUUCCGAUGCAGUUGAUGAGUAUGUGCGGAUCGGGGCAAGCACGGCGAUGCUGGCAUUGCGGAAGUUUGUGCAGGCUAUUGUCGAGCUGUUCUCAGAUGAAUAUCUACGUGCUCCCACUGAAGCGGAUACCGCUCGCCUCUUGGUCGAAGGCGAGCGGCGAGGGUUCCCCGGGAUGCUGGGGAGCAUCGACUGCAUGCAUUGGGUGUUCGACUUCAUGGGGGAGCCAACUCCAGUGCAUCGAGAUGCUGAUCAAGGAGUCAUGCAUUAUGUUGAAGCCACUCAAGCUAUCAGGAACCGUGCAAUGCACCACCAAUUACGUGACGACCUUGCUGAGCACCUCUGGAGCCUGCAUGGAGCACAGUAG